CAGAUUCGAAAAUCGUAACCGAAGAUCGGAAAAAUAAGCUCAAGAAUCCGGGAGAUUUACCAAGGGAUUUCUCCGAUCAAUUUGGCGACGACGAUUUUUUAGGGUAUAAAUCUCCAUAAUCUUCGGAGGUGAUGAAGUAACUGAAGUUGAUUAGUGUUAAACGAAAUGACGAUGGGAUUAGGGUUAAUGUGUUUCUAGGUAAAACGACGCGGAGGUGAUUUGGUGACUAAAUUGACCGGAAAUGGAUGCUCCGGCGUUAGAUCGAACGGCUCCGAGGAGGAACAGGAGGAAAGUAAGUAGGAAGAACUACGACGAGAAUGCGAUGGAUGAUUUGAUUGAGAAGCAAUUUGGUGGAAAUUCGAAGAAAAAGUACAGGACGAAGCAAGAUUUGGAGAAAGAAACUGAGACUGAGGCUCUGAUAGCUUUGUCCGUAGGUUUCCCAAUCGACGAAUUGCUUGAAGAAGAGAUUCGAGCUGGAGUUGUAAGAGAAUUGGGCGGGAAAGAGCAGAACGAUUACAUUGUUGUUCGGAAUCAUAUAGUAGCUAGGUGGAGGAGUAAUGUUGGGAUUUGGCUACUUAAAGAUCAGAUUAGAGAAACUGUGAGUAGUGACUUUGAGCAUUUGAUUUCAGCUGCUUAUGAUUUUCUCUUGUUUAAUGGAUACAUCAAUUUUGGGGUUUCUCCAUUGUUUGCUCCUUAUAUUCCUGAAGAGGGUACGGAGGGAUCAGUCAUUGUUGUUGGUGCUGGACUUGCUGGUCUGGCUGCUGCAAGACAGCUUUUGUCAUUUGGGUUUAAGGUUCUUGUUUUAGAAGGUAGGAGUCGUCCUGGUGGACGAGUGUACACUCAGAAGAUGGGAGAUAAGGAUAGAUUUGCAGCUGUUGAACUCGGUGGCAGUGUAAUCACGGGUUUACAUGCGAACCCACUUGGAGUUCUUGCAAGACAGCUUUCUAUUCCUCUUCACAAGGUUAGAGACAACUGUCCUUUGUAUAAUUCAGAGGGAGCACUUGUCGAUAAAGUAGCUGACUCCAAUGUUGAGUUUGGUUUCAACAAACUGCUUGACAAGGUCACCGAAGUGAGGGAGAUGAUGGAAGGGGCAGCUAAGAAGAUUUCUUUGGGUGAAGUCUUGGAGACUCUUAGGGUACUGUAUGGUGUAGCUAAAGAUUCAGAGGAAAGAAAACUUUUUGACUGGCACCUUGCUAACUUGGAAUAUGCUAACGCUGGGUGUCUUUCGAAUCUUUCCGCUGCUUACUGGGAUCAGGAUGAUCCUUACGAAAUGGGUGGGGAUCAUUGUUUUCUUGCUGGUGGAAACUGGAGACUGAUAAAUGCAUUAGCUGAAGGGGUACCCAUAAUCUAUGGGAAAAGCGUUGACACUAUCAAGUAUGGAGACGGAGGAGUUGAAGUCAUUUCUGGUAGCCAGAUAUUUCAAGCUGACAUGAUUCUUUGCACCGUGCCGCUCGGGGUCUUGAAGAAGAGAUCUAUCAAGUUUGAGCCAGAGUUACCUAGAAGAAAACAAGCAGCAAUUGACAGGUUGGGGUUUGGCCUUCUGAACAAAGUUGCCAUGCUUUUCCCGUCUGUCUUUUGGGGUGACGAGUUAGACACGUUUGGAUGCCUCAACGAGAGUAGCAUCAACCGAGGAGAGUUCUUUCUGUUCUAUGCCUACCAUACAGUCUCUGGUGGCCCUGCCUUGGUUGCCUUAGUUGCUGGGGAAGCUGCUCAACGAUUUGAGUGCACAGAACCAUCUGUUUUACUUCACCGUGUUUUGAAAAAACUCAGAGGCAUAUAUGGUCCUAAAGGUGUUGUUGUGCCUGACCCAAUACAGACGGUUUGCACUAGAUGGGGAAGUGAUCCUUUGUCAUAUGGGUCAUAUUCUCAUGUAAGGGUUGGUUCAUCUGGCGUGGACUACGACAUUCUUGCUGAAAGUGUUAGUAACCGUCUGUUCUUUGCUGGUGAGGCCACGACAAGGCAACAUCCAGCCACAAUGCACGGUGCCUACUUAAGCGGUUUAAGAGAAGCCUCGCAGAUUCUACAUGUUGCGAAUUAUUUUCGCUCUAAUCCAAAGAAACCUGUUCAAAGAUACAGUGGAGUUAACAUGAAUGUUCUUGAAGAUCUGUUCAAAAGACCCGACAUUGCAACUGGGAAGUUGUCAUUUGUCUUCAACCCAUUAACCGAGGAUCUGAAAUCGUUUGGAUUAGUCAGAGUUUGUUUUGACAACUUUGAAGACGAUCCAACGAAUCGUCUUCAGCUUUACAGUAUUCUUUCCAGGGAGCAAGCUAACAAGAUCCAAGAAUUGGACGAAAGUAGUAAUGAGAGCAAACUGUCGUGUCUGAUGAAUACUCUUGGAUUAAAGCUAAUGGGGGCCAACUCAGUACUAGACACAGGUGGUGCGUUGAUCAGUGUCAUAGCUAACGCACGCAGAGGCAGAAGCAGGACCCAUGUUGUUGCAGGGCAAUAUUAUCCCUUAAACCAGCUGCAUUUUAAUUGACCAAUCGGCCCCAAAAGGUUUCUUGUUAUUGUUUUUGGAGUAUUCGGUGACUCAUUUUUGCAGAGAAAUCUGAACAUGUCAAGAGAGAAGUUCAGAUUCUCCACUAACCAUCACAUAGAUUCUUCUCUUUUCCAAUUUUUUUGUUGUCAUUUUUGGGGGCAUUACUUUUAUGUUUCUCAAACUGUGCAAUUUUAUACAAACAAUGAAAUAGAGAAUCAAUGUUUUCUGUC